ACAGUGCGGUCUCUCCGUCCUUCUGCGUCCCUGCAGUCCUCGGCCGAUUCCACCUCGACCAGUCGACCUGGCGAUAGAGGAAUCAACCGUGCUCUCCUCUCGCCGGGAUUCUCUUCUCUGACCAAGCAAAAGGACCCUCUUGGUCCCCUGGCGUGGUUCGCCGCUUCGAAAUUCCGAUCUCCGCGCGGGGAACGGUGUUCCCGCGGAUCUACGGAGCCUGUUGGCUUGCUACCGCUGCUGGAUCGGAGUACGCACGCGAAGGCCGAGUGUACACGCGCGUGCGGCACGAGAUGCCGAGAUUCCGCUCGGCGAGAAUCAUUCGAAGUGGUGCACCGCGCACCGGAGUGCGUCGCGAUGCGCAAUCAGGCCCGCGAAUGCGCGAGUGAAACGUGCAUGCCGAUCCGCGAUUGAUUGCGAACGAUCCGACGACGAAGAUCGGAGACCGCACUCUUCCGAUCGCCCGAUCGGAACGAGCGUUGCUGCGAGUGCUCGGCGAGUGUUGCUCGAAGCUGCAGCUGCAACUGUAGUGCCGCAUACCUGAUCAGGUCGCGGGGGGAACGACUGAGCACUGCGCCUGAGACUUUGAGUUACGAAACCGAAGGGCGCGUGAUCCGAUCAUGAUCUUCUGAAAACCUGAACGUGUAGUCCUGAACAUUUGCGCGACUCGUAGUUUCAACUCCUGAGAAUUUGUUUCAGUAGUGCUGGUUCAGUGAUCUUCAGCUCGAGUUUGAGCUGAAACUUGGCGAGCGAGUCGCGGAGUGCUCGGUGCUCGGAGGGUGCUUUGAUUAACGGCGCGAUUGCAUCAGUGAUCGUGCCGGCUAGAUGCGGAUUGCUCCGACGAUCCGAUCUUCCAGUAGAUCGACGAGUAGGGCGAGGUGAAGACGAGCGAGGUCGUUUCAGGCGCGCACGGCGAUUUAAAUCGCGGUCCGGUUCAGGUUGUCUCGUUCCAUGGAGCGGCCGUGGAGCUGGUCGCGUAGCGGGAACCUGUUUGUGUCGACGGCCUUCAGCGGGUUUUUGGAAAUGCGCUUCCGGUCGGCGCGGGGCGCGGUGUGUCUUUGCGGCGCGUGAGAGGAACAGAAGCGAGAAAGAAGUGGAAGAAGACGGACCAGAGGUUCCGCGGGAAGCGGCUGUCGUCGCGAUAAUUAUACAUUGUGCUUAAAGCUGUCUCGUUAUCGGAAUUACCGCGCGUGAGAGCAUCUCGACGAUAGUUUUCGGCGCAACGUGCACAUACCUCGUCGCGUAAUCGUGUAAGCGCACGAAGAGUGUGUCAAAAUCGAACGAAAACGUGUGUCUCGUCUGAGAAGCGAAUCUGCGCAACGUGGUAAGAAACACUGUUCCGAAUCGUGGGAAUAGAAGCGAAAUAAUUGAUCCGAGAGGCUUGUGAUUGGAAGCGUUCUUCAACGUGAUCGACAAGUGUGUCCUCUUUCUUUUCAUUGAUUGAGCAAAAAUCUGAAGUGAAAAAUCUGAAGACGAUCUGAGAAUCUUGAGGAACUAGAAGAAUUGAUAACUCGCUAUAAGAAGAAAUAUAUAUAUAUAUAUAAAAUAAUAUAUAUAUUAUUGUAGAUUUGAGAACCGUGAGAAACCUGUGAAGUAUAGAGGACAAAUCGCAUGGAAGCCCCGUGCAAACAGAUUUAAAGGCGGUAAAGAAUAAUUCCACAAAAACAGCGAGCAAUUAAAUUUCUAAUUACAGCUUCGAAUCGUCGUUAGAAAUCUGUGAGAGAGGAAGAGUGUUUCGAAGAUCGAACUUCCAGAUUAUCGAGAGAACGGAUUCGAAAUCGAGCGUCCGGCAAAGAGCCGUGUGAUCCUCGAACGAAAACGAGCGCUUCACGGUACAUCGCGUCUCAAGUCCAUUGCGAGGGAAAAAGAGGCGCUCACGAACGACGGCGACCACGACGAGGCUGUAUCGAGAAGCGUGGCUGCGUGAUCGAGCAAGGCGAACGGGAGCGCCGAGUCGUGCGGAGAACGGAACGAAGGAGGGAAAUUUGCGUGGUAGCGAGAAGAAAAACGGGUCAGUCGUGGACCACGAGGUUUGCCGUUCGCCGUUUCAGACGAGCUCAACAUUCGCGAGAAGAAAUCGCGAUCUAGAAUCGUAUUAUUCCUCUGCUGGAAAUAAAAGCUGCAAGUGCAAACUCCGCGCGGAAGGUGAAGAAUUCCACUCUCACAGGCGUGGAAUUCUGCGAGAAGAUCUCUUAGAAGAAUUCUGUGCGUGUUUGUGGAGAAAUCGUGAAAGACACGCAUCCGCGGUUGCGAAGUUUCAUUUCUAAAAAUCAAAUUUGAGGAAAGUCAAAGGCGUUUCCUCGGGAAGAUAGCUGCUCAAGACUCUGAGUGAUUUAGCCCACACGAUCGAGAGGCCCGCCGGCUGCUUGCUUUGCAAGAGUUACGCGGACCCCCUAUUUACUUCGUACCCAGCGAUCGUCCUUACGCAAGAGCCGCGCGAUCCAUCGGUCGGCGCGAUCGCGCGUUCACCACGUAUACGGGUGUGCAUGAUGCGAUUGCGGUGGAAUUGCGGCGAUCGGUCUUGCGACACGAGACGGUCAUCAGGCACUACGCGAGUGAUCCCACGUGAUUCAUGAAAACGCGGGUGUCCGGGGCAAGAGGGAUGCUUGUUGGAUCGCGGAUCAGCGGAAGCGCGCGAGGGAGCGGCCCGUGAGAAUCGUCUUGGUGGAUCGCGCGCUCGAGAGGGUACGGAAGACGUCUACCACGCAGCAGGAUGGACAGGAGCGAUAACAAUGUCGUUGGGGUCGGCGGCGGAAACGGAGGUGGCGGUGGAGGAGGUGGCGGCAGCGUUGGAGGCGGCAUCGGCAUCGGCGGCGGCUGUCACGUGGGAAAUUCCGGAUCCCCGCCGAACUCCACCUCGUCGACUCACGGCACGAUGCACAAUUCCUCCGGCGGGUUCGACGGCCAGACUGGAGACAGAGGCUGGGAGAUUCAUCACGUUACGGUGACCAGAGUGCCCGGUUAUGGCUUCGGCAUAGCUGUGUCAGGGGGCUGCGAUAAUCCCCAUUUCGCUAAUGGCGAUCCGGCAAUCGCGAUCUCCGACGUGCUGAAAGCCGGCCCGGCUGAAGGAAAAUUACAAGUGAACGAUCGUAUCAUCUCCGCCAAUGGGGUAUCGUUGGAGGGCGCCGAUUAUGGGGCAGCCGUGCGAGUCCUGCGGGAUUCCGGUUCUACUGUUUUAUUGGUUGUUAAACGAAGAACUUCCUCGAAUUCAUCCGGCUGUCUGGGCAGCAUUGCGCCUCAGAAUCAUCGGCUCACCCUCACGCGAAAUAACAAAAAAGACGACUUCGGCAUCGUGCUGGGAUGCCGAUUAUACGUAAAGGAGGUUACGCGAGAAAAUAUCGGAGUGAAAACCGGGGACGUGUUAACCCGGAUAGGCAGCGUGGCCACCGACAAUAUGAGUCUGAAGGAAGCUAGAAAGUUAAUGGACCAGUGCAAAGACAGACUCUCAAUUGUAAUUACGCGGGAUAGCUCGUGUUGCCACGUACAGCAGCAAGGUAAAGGGGAUACCGGUGAAUACCUGUCGGGAGCGAGUUACAGUAGUCAGAACUUAUACGUUCCGCCACCUACGAGGCAGCCCUUGGACGACAAGAGUAAUCUCGUGCCGAGAGGCCGUUCGCGGGGUCCGCUGAUGGACGUGUCUCUGAGCCAGUUGGAUCUGCCAGCUACGCCCACCAUGGAUCCACCUAGGCCACCCCCGCCCAGACCGGAAGAUUAUUACAGUACUCGUAGGCAACUGUACGAUGAAGAUUCGGUUCGCACGAAGCAGCCAAUGCCGGAUCCUCGAUUCAUCACGUUCCAAAAGGAAGGCUCGGUAGGCGUGAGAUUAAGUGGCGGUAACGAAACUGGGGUCUUCGUGACUGCUGUUCAAGCGGGAAGUCCCGCGUCGCUUCAGGGUCUUCAACCAGGAGAUAAAAUUUUGAAGAUCAACGAUAUGGAUAUGAAAGGAGUCACGAGGGAGGAGGCAGUGCUGUUCCUUCUCAGCUUGCAGGAGCAGAUCGAUCUUAUAGUGCAACAUCGGCGUCAAGAGUACGAUCAGAUCGUUGCGUCCGGCAGAGGCGAUUCCUUCCACAUAAAGACUCACUUCCAUUACGAGCAACCGCAGAAGGGCGAGAUGAGCUUCCGCAGCGGGGACGUCUUCCACGUGAUAGAUACUCUCCACAACGGUGUCGUAGGAUCCUGGCAGGUCUUCCGAAUUGGACGAAAUAACCAGGAGGUGCAAAAGGGCAUCAUACCUAACAAAGCCCGGGCCGAGGAGCUCGCGACCGCACAGUUUAACGCGACGAAGAAGGAGAUGAGUGCCAGCGAGAGCAGAGGGAGUUUCUUCAGGAGAAGAAGAAACAGUCAUAGGCGUUCAAAGUCUCUGGGAAGGGAUCAUUGGGACGAUGUAGUGUUCUCCGACAGCGUCAGCAAGUUCCCGGCCUACGAGCGCGUGAUCCUGAGACACCCCGGCUUCGUGAGACCCGUGGUUCUUUUUGGACCCGUGGCUGAUCUCGCCAGGGAGAAACUUCUCAAGGAUUUCCCUGAUAAAUUCACCUCCCCGCAAAUGGAGAGCCAAAUGGAGGACGGUACGGGAAAGAACACCAAAACCUCUGGCAUCAUUCGACUGAGUGCCAUCCGAGAGGUGAUGGACAGAGGCAAGCACGCGUUGCUGGACAUCACUCCGAAUGCCGUGGAUCGCUUGAACUACGCCCAGUUCUAUCCGAUCGUGAUUUUCCUGAAGGCCGAGACGAAGCAGGUCAUCAAAGAGAUGCGAGCCGGCAUACCAAAAUCGGCACACAAGAGCAGUAAGAAGCUCCUGGAACAGUGUCAGAAACUCGACAAGAUCUGGGGACACGUGUUCAGCGCGGUGAUUACUCUGAACGCACCGGAAGCUUGGUACCGAAAACUCAGGGAGCUCAUCGAUCGCCAGCAACAGGGUUCGCUGUGGAUGAGCCAGACCAAGCCGGAAGAAGCCCUCUCGGAUGACUUCCUAUUCCCGAUGACUUCUCGCCUCUCCUACGCUUCCUCCCCGGAGAGCGAUCUGGAGCUGAGCCCGGCGCCCGUUAUCCCUGGCACAUUGGGCCCGCCAUCGCGGCUGAAGAGCAGUUCGGACCCCAGCAUCGCCACUCAAGAUGACACUACCGCGCCGCCCCCGUAUUCGACGAAUUAUCAGCAAGCAUUCGAGCAGCAAAAGAGGAGGUCGCAGGGCGGAGUAGGAGACAGCAAGUACGGCUUUUCGUUGUCCGGUCAGAUGAGCAAUCAGUCCGGCUCGCCGGAAUACCUGGGCAGCUCCUUUGAGCCUAGAUCUCCUCAUCAUAGCCCUCCGGAUCUUCCGCCGCGGGUCGAUCGAAAUGCCAAGCCGACUAAUCAAACGCCACGGGGUACGAUAGGACGUUCCGCCCAGGAGCGUUUAGGGGUGAACAAAACCGAUUCUGUCCUGGACAUGGGAAAUUACAUCAACGCGACUCCUCACAAAGCGAACGCCACAUCAUCCCUCGAAAGGGCACAGCCGAAAGCGGGAAGUUACGACAGCAUGUCCUCCUACGAUUCGUACAACAAUACCAAUGGAAACGCGAACUACGCGCCGGCAAACUUGAAUACGUCGUCAGGUCGCCUGGGCCCGAACGUGCCCGAUGAUCUCAAGAGCACCAGCAUGCCAGCGAGGAUACAUGAUCCGUACAGAUUCGCUAGAUCCACGGGGCAGCCCAUCCCUACGCACGAUGCUCCAACGCGAACCGAUUAUGCCAAAUAUAGUCGAUCCACUGACUACAAGUCGAUACCGAUGCCGCAAAACAAGCCGGGUGGCACGUACAAGCCGAUUCCGCCGCCGAAGCCGAAGAAUUACAGGCCGCCGCAGACGUCGCUUGGUCAGCCGGAGAACAAUGGGAACGACGGGGGUAAUUCGUAUCAGCACUCGAAGAGUUAUUCCAUCGCCACUUCGCACGUGCACAAUGGGGUAGAAAGCAGCAACAGCAACAUACAGCGCAACAGCGGCCAGUAUUACUACAAUAUUCCGCCGCCUGGCCGCCACAAUGAGAGCAAUCUCAUGAACUCGCAUCACAAUCUAAAUCAUCUCGCGUCUCCGACCCACAGCCACAGCCUCAGCCACACGCACUCGCAUUCGAGUCCCCCGGUGACCACCACGCAUUCCCACAGCAACAGCGCCGGCCAGAUCAGCCUUGGUCUCACGCACAACCGGAACAACGCGAAUCACAAUGGGUAUAUGCACAGCAAUCAUGGACCCACCGGCCCGAUGUAUCCCUCUGCCAACCCCGGACACAACAGGGAACCCAGCGGCCUGGACCUGGCUGGCAGCCGGGAGCAAAGGGGCAGCGCUUUCGAGCUUUAUCGAAAACCGGUUCAUCAUUAUAACAUGAGUUAACGUGUGUCCCGAUGCAAGACUCACUUAGGACGAAUUAAUACGAAUCUUAUCGGCAAAUGUGAAUCGUGCAAUGUCAUAGACGUAGGAAAAUGAAAUUGCAUUUAAGAUCACAACUUAAGAGUAUUGUGCCUUUUGGAUCUCGGACCAAGAGCGAAUUGAUCUUUAGUUUUAGAACGCUAAGACAUCAAUGAAUUCCUCAACUUUGUGAAGAAGUACUUAUUUUUUAUAGGAAGCAAAAAGUGAACUUUAGAUUCUGCGAUACGAAAUCGUAGGGCAAUUUAAUUAUUAAAUUAAACGUUAAUUUAAUAACGGAGCAUUACGAUAUAAGAGGAAUGUUAAAGAUUAUCAUUGAUGAUUGAUGUAUACGUAAUUGUUUGACGAUGAUACAUAAAUCGCGCAUUUAUUCGAUAAGAUUAACAUGAAAAGAUAUUU